CGGCGUGGCUGUGGCCUUACCUCAAGCCCCACAGAAAGUUGGCUUCAAACGACGCCGUCGUUGCAGAUUCCUUCAACUUCGGUCCCACGACAUCGCAAACGCUUUCGAUCUCUCUCGAUAUGCAAAUAGCACGAUGGCGGAACUUCUUGUCUUUGAAGACUCACGCGAUUCCCUCCGCUACGCAUCUCUCUGCAUUUCAUUCCACUCCCUGUUCGUGUCAGAAAUGGAAUAACAAAUUCAACUCCGAUAUAAGAAGAGGUCAACAACCAUCUAAGAAUCAAUUCAAAUACAUUACACGUCAAAAGCGUGCUGAUGCAAAGAAAGCUCUGAAUAGUCUUCUUUACAAUAGUGGAUCCUAUAACUUUUCAUCUGAGGAAAAAUGGUAUGGAGACCAUGGUAGGUGUUCCCAUAAAGGUCAACCAAAGUCUGGUCAGCGGUCUGGUGGAAAACCACAAAAGAAAACUAAACGAAAAAUCAGAAGAGAAAGUUUCUCUGAGGACUUUGAUGUUCCUACUGAGCAAGUAUUCCAGGCAACAUUUGGUAACAGAAGGUAUACCUGGUCCUUCAAUAAUUGGAGGGGUUCUUCUGAACGUUCCACAUCUGGGUUUGAAUGGAGGGAACAUUCAAGUUGGGCAAACAAAUGGAAGAAUGAAAGUGAUGCUGAGUAUGAUGAUGAUUCAUGUUGUAUAGGAUCAAGUUCUGAUAGAACUAUUCUUGGUCUGCCACCAACAGGUCCAUUAAGGAUUGAAGAUGUUAAAAAUGCAUUCCGGUUAUCGGCUUUAAAAUGGCAUCCUGAUAAGCAUCACGGCCCUUCCCAGGGGUCUUGCAACUACAGGGAACAAAUUUCAGGCGAUAGGAUUUGGCGAUCUGGCCCUGAACCACUAGGGAUGAGUGGUUUUAUAUAGGUAGUGUAGAUAGGUAGAAGUGCUGAUGGCAGUGGUUGUGAUGGAGGAAGUUUCGGGGUUGUGAUAAAGUUCUGGGUUCAACUCACAAGAUUAGGCAGCCUGCAUUCGGAAUAGAGAUUGGUGGUGUUACUCUGACUACAUUUCUGAUGAGAUAGUGGCUGGGAGGUGAUGGCUGGCAACACUCAUAGUAUGUAUGUCUUCAUUCCUUAUUUGGUCUCAAAUAUCCUGCGGUUUAUGAUUCUUGGAAGAGGGGUUGUGCCCAUUUAGUUGCAGAAAGAUUAGGAUCGAUCAAGUGAUCUUGGUCAACCGACCAACUUAUUUUACCCUCGUUGGUGAUGAGUUGGAAUAACAGUCUUGGCCCUUUCUGUACAAAGAGAGAUGCUUACAUAUACUGAUGAGUUUAUUGCAAGUGUAUAUUGCAAGUAUGUGUGCAUUGUGUUAUUGAAAAACUAAAAGAAGGUUGAAAUAAUAUCGUUUUGAAU